AUGCGCGCGCCGUCGGCGCCGACGCCGGCGUCGCGUCGACGGCCGACGGCGCUCGUCCUCGUCCUCGGCGUCGUCCUGGGCGCGCUCGCGAUCUCGCGCGCGACGGGCGGGACGGGCGCGAGGGCUCGGACGACGCGCGGCGACGGCGAUCGCGGGUUCGUUCCGACGACGGCGUGGACGACGCCGACGACGGGGCGACGCGACGGUGGGACGCGUGGGGUGGGUCGGGACGUCGACGCGCGCGCGCACGCGUUCGCGGGGGGGAGGAAAGCGCACGCGCUGGUGACGGGUGGGGCGGGAUUCAUCGGUUCGCAUUGCGUCAAGGCGUUGCUCGCGCGCGGAUACGCGGUGACGUCGAUGGAUAAUCUGAGUCGAGGGAACGGUGGGGCGAUCGCGGCGUUGAAGCGAACGGCGGAUGAAGGGAGUUUUCGCGUCGUGGAGGGAGAUCUGGGUCGAGUGGAGGAUAUUGAGUGGGCGUUCACGGGGUCGAACUUGGGGGUCGACGUGGUGUUUCACUUCGCCGCCAUCGCGUACGUGGGGGAGUCGAUGGCGGAUCCGCUGAGGUAUUACAGGAACAUUACGGUGAACACGGUUAAUUUGUUGCGCGUUAUGGACGCACACGGGGUGAACAAUAUGAUUUACAGCUCGACGUGCGCCACGUACGGCAACGUGGAAAAGUUGCCGAUUACGGAAUCGACGCCGACCAAGCCCAUCAAUCCGUACGGGAAAUCCAAGCUGUACGCCGAGAACGUGAUCAAGGAUUACGCACUGGCGAAUCCUAAGUUUAAGACGGCAAUUCUUCGCUAUUUCAACGUCUUCGGGAGCGAUCCCGACGGGGUACUCGGGGAGCUGCCGCGAGCAGAGUUGCGCGAGCACGGGCGCAUCUCGGGCGCGUGCUUCGACGCGGCGAUGGGAAAGGUCGACAAGUUGACAGUGAUGGGAACGAAGCACCCAACUCGGGACGGGACGACGAUUCGAGACUUUGUGCACGUCAUCGAUUUAGUCGACGCGCACAUCGCGGUAGCCGAGAAGAACAAGUGGGAUAAUCCUCCGUCGCUGUACAACGUCGGCACUGGAAGCGGAGUGAGCAUGAGAGAGUUUGUCGAUGCGUGUAAGAACGUCACCGGGAAACAGAUCGAAGUGUACUAUCGCGAAGAGCCGAGGCCGGGGGAUUACGCCGAGGUGUACGCAAACGUGGACAAGAUCAAGCACGAGCUUGGGUGGAGCGCCAAGUACACGGAUUUGAGCGAGAGCUUAGCGCACGCUUGGAAGUUUCGGCAAAAGUUUUCAGGAGACACGUGGGACUGA